GUUUGAGUGCGUGCUCUCAUCGUCGGGAACCAUGCCCUCACCUUCACUGCUCGGGCCAUGCACUACCAAAAUGCAUCAGCCUACACUCUUACUACCGUACAUCCCGAUGAUCCUGAAAUUAUGGAGUUUGCAGACGAUAGAGCUCCCCUCCUUGCACCAGAAUCUGAAACUGGCUCACUUUAUGGAGCCACUCCUGCACAUUUGCAGGCAUCCCAUGCAUCCUCCCCAAGAUUAUUACUCAAGGCAGCCAUAAGGAUGGCAGCUGUGUUUAUACUCAGCACGAUUCUUCUAGGUGGAACUCUGUGGCUGACUCUUCCCACCCUUGACGAAGCCGACCGGCCGUCACUCCGCAUACCGAAAUCAUUUGUUCAACUACAGGCUCUCAAUGUCAUUUUGAAAAAAUACCGUGACAUCUACCCGUUCCGCAUCGUAAUAUGUUAUGCUAUAACAUAUUUAUUCCUACAAGCGUUUUCUCUUCCUGGGUCGAUGUAUCUAUCUAUACUUGGUGGAGCAGUAUGGGGUGUGCCGCGCGCGCUCCCACUUGCUUGUACUUGUGUUGCUACUGGUGCAACUUUGUGCUACUUCAUCAGUGCUGCGUUUGGCCCUGCGCUUCUCACCGUACCCAAGUGGAAAGCCCGCCUAGAUAAGUGGUCGGACAGGAUACGCGCACAAAAAGACAACACCAUAUCCUUUUUGAUUGUCCUCCGCAUUGCCCCCCUCCCUCCGCACUGGGUUGUCAACGUAAUCUGUCCCCAUGUUGGCAUUGGUAUUGUCCCCUUCUGGAUCAGCACAUGGUUGGGUAUCUUCGGCGUAACUGUCAUACACACGACGAUUGGAGGUGGUCUAGAUGAGAUGACGUCCGCUGCUGAUUUCCAUCUCAUUUCGUGGCGCAACUUCUUCCUAUUAUCCGCAGUGGUAGUAGGCGUCCUCAUACCGGUGGGUUUACGCUACUAUUUCAAGCGCGAGAUUGCUUCCGUGGCCGACGUAGAGCAAGGAGGGUUGGAAGAAGAUUUCUCUGAAGAGACGGAGGAUCACAUCCUGGCAGCUGGUCCAAGAGCUCGAGUCAAAAAAACAAGAGCAACACCAUUGAUUGAGCUUUCCGACGAAGAGACCGAUGUGUACUCUGAAGACGAAGACGAUGUUAUUCUAGAAGCAGGCCCAGCCAUUAUUAUCAAGGCAUCCGAGGAGCCCAUACAACAAGGUGGUAGUAGUAGGCGUAUCGACUUCCUAUAGCAUGAUGAUGCGCAGUUUCGCUGCGUGUAUUGGUAUUCCUACCGUUUUCUCCCCAUGCCAUCAGCUAAUCAUACCUGUAGUUCCAUGUUUAGACUGUAUUUGGACUGUACAAGUAAUAUGUAUACAUGUGCCAUUAUCUGCUUACCAGCCAAAUUACUGUGUCUAGAUAUCAUACGAGGCCCAAUAUUCUGAAACGCUUCGACAAAUAUCGUGACAUGGUCAAAGCUUGGGAUGCACCAUUGUAUCGAUGUUCCAUAUCACUACGGUUUCUCUCCAUACAAGG